AGGAGAUAUCGGCGUCCCCUUUCCAUCCCUUCUUCUUUUCCACCGCCCUUCUCCUUCUCCACCGUCCGUGUAUUGUCAUCGUUGUUGUCGUAAUCUCGGCCUCCUCAACCUCCACCUCGCCAUCGUUAAGUGGAACCUCUCGAAGAUCAUUGUCAUCGUGCUUCCAUUCUGAAUUCGCAAUGACAACGAUGAAAAAGGAGGACGACGGAAGGGGCAGAAAAGAUGCAGAGGAGGAGCAGGGAGAGGAAGGGGGCGACGAUGAAAACAUUGACAUUAAAGGAGGCGAAAAGGAUGAGAGGAAGAAAGAAGAAAGAAAAAUGAUAAUAUUUUAGUCCGAUUUAUAAAAAUCUGAAUUAAUCACCAAAAUAAAAAAAAAACAGUUAAGUUAGGGAAAAAGUACAAAAUUAAUAAAUUGUUAUACAAAUUGACUUUUUAAAAAAUAUUUAUUUAUUUAUUUAUUUCGUCCAAACAAACAAGUAGAGCUCCAGGAUUCAAAAGUUCCGCUUCACCACUCCACAUUACCGGGAGGAGGAAAAAUAAAAUAAUAAAAUAAAAUAAAAUAAAAUAAAAUAAUAUAAUAUAAUGCCUCCGCCGCCGCCGCCACCACCGGCGCCACCGCGACGUGCUUCUCCGGCGAUGAUCUCCCCGGCACGGCUGCACAAGCUGAUCGUGUCCCAGCGCGACCCCCUCCUCGCCAUGGAGAUUCUCGACCNAAAUAACGUCGCCGGCGCCGUCGCCCUCUUCAACCGCCUCCCCCGCCUCGGCCUCUCCCCCGACCCCUCGUCCUACCGCGCCCUCGCCCAGGCCUUCUGCCGCCGCGGCCAGGCCCGCUCCGCCGCCUCCCUGCUCGACGACAUGCUCCACCGCGGCCUCCCCGCCGACCCCCUCGCCUACGCCUCCGUCCUCAACGCCCUCCUCCGCAAGCGCCGCCUCCGCGAUGCCUACCGCCUCCUCUGCCGCAUGCGCGCGCGCGGCUGCACCCCCGACGUCGCCCACUACAACACCGUCAUCGUCGGCCUCUGCCGCGAGGGGCGCCCCACCGACGCCUGCAAGGUGCUUGACGAUAUGCCCGCGAACGGCUGCUCCCCCAAUCUGGUCUCGUACGCCGCCGUCGUCCAGGGCCUGUGCUCGAGGGGCGUCUUUGAUCGGGCGCGCAGGUAUUUGGACGAGAUGGUGGGUAAGGGGUUCGCGCCGCACUUCUCGCUGUUCCACCUGCUCGUCAAGGGUUUUUGCUGUGUUGGGAAGGCCGAGGAGGCAUGCGAGGCAAUGAACAUAAUGCUGAGGCUGGGAGUAAAACCUCAUGUGGAGAGUUGGGAUUUGGUUGUGAGGGUCGCGUGUGACUACGACGAGGAGAAUUUGGAAGGGAUGGUUAUGAAGGUUGUGAAUGACGAGGCCUGGCGGAGAGGAACGAGAACAGUGGCCGACCUGUCGUGGUUUGGAGGAGUAUCUAAUUGCGAGGCCGCACCCGAAAAAUGGGAGUGGGGUUCGCGGCUGAGUCGACAAUAACCGAUUUCUCUUCUAUUUCCGGACAAGGCUACAAAAUAGAGCAAAAUGGGUGUUUGCAAAAUGCAAAUUCUUGGGUUGACACAAUCAUGAUAGUAGUUUAGCUGAUUCGAGGGGAGAAUGUUGAUACUCACUGAGUAGAGUUCUUGGCUGUGACGAUGGGGGGGAGAAAAAUCAUGCUGUCCAGUUGGCUUGCAUGUUCGACAUUUUGUCGAACACAUCUGUUGCCAGAAAGAAAUGCGAGUAGUUUUCCUUCAGUUUCAGGAGAGAAAACUAUAGAACAUGGCAGAAUCAGUAUUUUCGAAGUGCAAUUUCUCGUCAGUUGACCAAACAAUGAAUAGACGAUUAAGGUUUCGCUGAAGUGAGGACAAAACAUUCUCGACUGGGAUGUUCACGAAUAUAAAUCGCAUUACUCAGCAAACAUUAGUGUUCAACAUUGUCUAGAAGACAUUUGGAGUGCUGACCGCAUCAAGACUGAAGGAAACAACUCGUAAGUGAUAUAAAUGAUCUCAGACCAAAUAGGAGAAUAAACUGAGAACCUGCAGGGGUCUAGCAGUAGAGCUCAGGCUUUCCCAAUCUCGGAAUGGGCACCGCCAC